AUGGAGUAUGAAGAUGAGGAUUGGUUGUGUGUUACUAUGGAAGAGUUUUCUCUUGCCACUGAAAAUGGUUGUAGCAGGCAAGGGAUGGGUAAGAAGAGGAACUAUGAUGAUGACACAAGAGAGUUCAAAUCAAAGAAUCUUGAGACUGAAAGGAGGAGGAGGGAGAAACUCAGUAGCAGACUUUUGAUGCUGCGUGCUAUAGUGCCUAUCAUCACUAAUAUGAAUAAAGCCACAAUUAUUGACGACGCUAUCACCUAUAUUGAGAAACUUCAAGACAAAGUGCAGAGUCUAAGCCAAGAGCUUCACCAAAUGGAAGCAACUUCAGAUGAAACAGCAGACACAAAAAUAGAUGAUAUUGAUUCUGCAGAAGAUAUGAAAAAUUUGGGAAUACAGGAAGAGGUUAGUGUGGCACAAAUAGACGGGAAUAAACUCUGGAUUAAGAUAAUCAUUGAGAAGAGGAGAGGGAGGUUCAGCAAAUUGAUGGAGGCUCUGGAUAAUUUUGGCAUUGAACUCAUAGACACCAACCUCACAACUACAAAAGGAGCCUUCCUCAUUACAAGCUGCAUACAGGACAAAGACGGUGAAAGACUUGAAAUUCAACAAACCAAGCAUUUGUUGCAAGAUAUUAUCAAUGACAAAUAA